CCGACUGGACAUUUUUUGUCCGGCGGACGACUGUCGGUCCCGGAGAGACGGAAGGGUCCCGGGCUGGCAGAGGCUGGUCUCCGGCCUCACUUCCCCCGUGGGUGCCCGCCCCGGCCCACGUCCCGUGCCCACUCCCCGCGCCAGCGCAUCCUCCCGCGCGAUGCUGCCACCGCCGCCGUCACUGCCGUUGGCACUGCCCCUGCCGCUGGCACUGCUGCUGCUGCUGCCCCUGCUCCCCUUGGCGGUGGCCCUGCCCCUGCUGGCACUGCGCAGGGGACCCGAGGGGCAACGCGGGGCCUUCGUGCUCUGGCACUGCCUGGCACUGCGGGCCCUGCCCUGGGUAGCGGCGUGGCAGAAGCGCCGGCUGGACGCGGACAUGGCAGACCUGCGCCGGAGCCAGGAGCGGGCCCUUCGGGGCAUUCUGCGCCCCCAUCCCGGGGGGAGGAGACCAGACCCAGAUACUUUCCUGGAGCUGCACCCCGUGACCCGACCUGGCUCUGAUGCCUCCACUGGAGAUAGGCACGGGGAAGAGGGCAGGGGAGGGCUGGAGCCGCACUCUCCCCUAAAUCCCUACAGCUCCCCUCUUCAGGCCACUCUGCUGGGUCUGGAUGCCCUGGCCCGGGCAUUCCCUGAAGUCCUGAGACCGGGAGCCACAGCCUGCCUGACCCCCGCCUCACCCUGGCCCAGCCCCCUCCCCUGGCCCCUGGCACCGCUCCUUCCCAGACCCCCACCCUCGGAUGGCCCACGGGCCCCGCUGCUGGCCGCGCUGCGGACCCGGGGCCUGCAGGUGCUGGAGGCCCGGACAGCCUCGGAGCUCCUGGACGUCUUCUCCAGCCUGGUGUCCGGCCGUGAGCAGCUGCUGGAGGAUGUAGCUAGUGGACGGGGUCCCCCAGCAGCCGCCCCCGCCCCCGUCCGGGCGACCGAGCUGGCGGCUGAGCUGCAGGGGGGCCCAGAUGGGCUGGCCCGGCGCCUAUGGCCGCAGCUGCGACUGGUCGUGGUGGGCGAUGCCGGGGGGCAAGGCCCGGCCGCGGCCGUGUUGGGAGCCUCCUGGUGCCAGGGUGUGCGUCUCUACACACCCGUCUACACGGCGACUGGAGGUGUUUCCGGGCUGAACCUGUGGCCGGAGCGUGUGGAGUGGGCACAGCGGCCAAGGUACCUGCUGACCCCAGGACCCCCAUUCUGUGAGCUGCUUCAGGAAGGGGCAGCGCCUCCCUGGCUCCUGGGGGAGGAGUACGAGCUGGGGCUGACCUCUGCCACUCUGGCCAGGUGCUCUCUGGGUGACGUCGUCCGGGUCGUGGACUUUCACAACCAGAGCCCGGUGGUCGAGUUCGUGCGCAGGCGGGCCGAGACGCUGAGUGUCCGUGGGGAGGGGAUGUCCGAGGACGGCUUCUAUCGGGCCCUGCUCCAGGCCGCCGCGCGAUGGCCGGGGGCGCGCCUUGUGGACUACUGCUCUGCCGAGAGCUGCCUUCUAGGUUCCCUCUCGGAUGGAUCUGCUCCUCACUACGAGGUGUUUGUGGAGCUGCGGGGAGUGCGGGAUCUGUCCGAGGGCCAGCGGGACAAGUUUGACCGCUGCCUCCAGGACGAGUCAGCCGCCUACAAGUCCCUGCGCUUUCGAGGCAGCGUGGGCCCCGCCCGCGUCCACCUGCUGGGGCCCGGGGCCUUCCAGCAGCUGCGGGGCGCCGCGCCCCCCGCCCCCUCUCCCGCCCUGCCCAGGGUCCUGCGGCGCCUAGACCAGGUCCAGCUCCUGCAGAGCCGGGUGGUGUCCUGAGCCCGGGCACGCACUCCUCGCCUGGACUAGACAGCUGAGGCCUGGGAGGCCCUGUAGGCACAAAUUCCCCCUUCCUCCUCCUCCUGUGUGUGUGUGGUGUGUGGGGGUGUGUGUGUGGGGGGGUCCUUGACAGGGCUGAGCCCAGGACAGUGGGGGGGGGGCGGGAGCCCCCGUCUCCUCCACCCCAUCCUCCCUCUCCUCCCAGAGCAGACACCAGAUUGCCCUUCCCUCAUUCCCGGACCUCUCCAUCUCUCCCGGUCCUAUUCCGCUGUCCUCCUCCUCCCCCUCCCCAUCCUCCCAGGCUUAGCCCUCGGGGUGCGAGGGUGGGGAGGCCAGGGUGCCUUGCCAGCAUCCAGGGUGCCCGGCCCCCAGAAACUGGGCUGUGAGGAAGCCACAGGAACCCGCACCCGAAUAAAGCAGACUAACCUUUG